AUGCAUUUGAAAACUGGAUUAAUAUUUUUGAUCAUUUGCCUUGCUCUGCAUGUUCAGGGAAGCAGAGAAGUCCCUAAUAAAAUAAACCGUGAAGCCAAACAUCUUGCAGAUGCCUCAGGAUCAGACAAAACAGAAAGAGCAACAAAAAGGUCCAGAGUAUCAACCAUAAGGAGGAUAUUUGACAUGGCAAAACACCGAACAAAGAGGUCACCCUUUUUUUCAACUGGUGUGAAAAUUUGCCCACAAGAAUCAGUGAAGCAGAUUUUAGCCAGUCACCAAGCUUACUAUAGAUUAAGAGUCUGCCAGGAAGCUGUGUGGGAAGCCUUUCGUAUUUUUCUGGAUCGGAUUCCUGAUACUUCUGAAUAUCAGAACUGGGUUACUGCCUGCCAAAGGGAAACCUUCUGCAUAUUCGACAUUGGCAAAAACUUCAGCAAUUCCCAAGAGCACCUGGAAAUAAUUCAACAGCGAGUAAAACACAGAACCUUCCAGGAAAGGAAAGAUGAAAUAUCCGCAGAGAAAACAGGUGGCAAAAAGCUAGAAGACAUUCCUUCCAUUUCUACAGGUAAAACAAAAUCUGCUUCCUACUCCCUUGGGACACCCAUCUCUCCAGAUGCACCUAAUGGCACACUGCUCAAUGAAAUUGUUGACACGAAGACACCUCCUGUGAAGGACCUGGAAACAAAUACAGUCCCAGAACUGCCUGUGGAGCAAAUGGUAGAAUUCAGUGUCACUCUCACUGAUCAGGAGUACACAGCUGAGCUUAAUGACCCCAACUCCCCACAGUACCAACAAUUAGCUGCCAAAUUUCAGCUACAGAUGCAAAAAAUAUUUGAGAAACUUCCAGGAUUCAAAGAAAUCCACGUAUUAGGAUUUAAAGAGAAGAAGGAGAAAGAUGGAUCAAGCAGCACUAUAGCACGAUACGUGGUAAACUUUGAGAGAGAUGGCUCAGACACGAAGAGCACAGCAGAUGACAUCUCAACUAUUGGAUCUAAUAAGGUGGAAAACGGGAACAUUCCACUUUCUCCGAAGGACGAGAUAGCAACAUCUAAACUCACAGUGACAGACCUUCAGCAACUGGUUGCCAUCGCACUCCAUGAAGACCAGUCCCUGCCAAUGGACCUUGGAACACUUCACUUUACUGAUGAAUCUAUUAUACCAUCUACUGAGUUUGAUAAUGACAUCCAGGCCAUGGUCACAAUUCCUCUGGCAGGCCCUGGUUUGGAGGACUCCAUGAGCGUGGAACUCCCACUAGGUUACCCCAGCCCAGCAACAGUAGACCAAACAGAAGACCCCUUGGUCAGCGAAUUUACAACUGGAAUCCCUGUGCUAAGUGCCCCUGAAGACUUAAGCAAUUUUGUCACAUCUGAACCUGCAUUCCCUACCAAACCCCCCAAAGAUUCAUUUCAGGACAAAUCUCCUACAGGCACAGAAGGUAUUGCUACUGAACAUCAAAGUUUCACAGUGCCUUUCAGUGCUCUGGCGAGCACUAGCAGUGCUCCAAAACCAGAGGAUUCAUAUUUGCCUCCUCCAGCAGAUGAUUCUGCUAGCAAUGACUUAAUCACUGAUGGCUUUGAGUCUCCAGUGGAGCAGCCUACCACUCUGGCAGUUUAUACCACAGGUAGCUCUACUCCACCUAAUCUCCUGCCAGUCGAAGAGGAGAAGGAAGAACUGACUGAUAUAACAGAGCCACCUUUCAAAGAAGCUGACCAAGAUAUUCUGUCUGGACAAGCAGUUAAGAUCACGGAUGAACCAGAAUCAUCAGGCGAUGACAUUUUAGUGACAGCCAGCAUUUACAAAACGUUGCCUUUCUUUAUUGGUUCAAGUCACCUCUCCACCAUGCAGCCUGAAGUUAUCCUCACAGAUGCAUUACCUUCAGCCCCACUGCCUGCAGCAACCAGCCCACCAGACAGCCAGCCCGAGAUCAUCCAACAGUCCCUUGAAGUACCAGACUCCCCUGUGCCAGCAUCUGAGAGUGUUCCUCCUGAGGGCACUGGGGCAGGAGUGCAGGACAUUGCUGCUGAGUUAGAUGACAUCGAUGUGAUGAGCACAGCAGCACUUGAUGAAGUGGAGCAUGGCAGUGGUUAUAUCUCAGUGCUGACCACCGAGCCUGCAAAAGCCACCCCAGUUCCCACACUGAAGUAUGUAACUACCAGCUCCAUGACAACUGCAGCCAAAGGCAAAGAGUUAGUGGUUUUCUUCAGCCUGAGGGUCACCAACAUGCACUUUUCUGAUGACCUCUUCAAUAGGAGUUCGCCAGAAUACAAAGCUCUAGAACAACAGUUCAUGCAAUUGCUACUUCCAUACCUGCAGUCCAACCUUACGGGUUUCAAGCACCUGGAAAUACUUAACUUCAGGAAUGGAAGUCUGAUAGUGAAUAGCAAAAUGAAAUUUGCCAGGACAGUGCCAUACAAUAUCACAGAAGCAGUACACUGUGUUUUGGAAGAAUUCUGUGAUGCUGCAGCCCAACACCUCAAUUUGGAGAUUGACAGCUACUCCCUGGAUAUUGAGCCAGCUGAUCAGGCAGACCCGUGCAAAUUCAUGGCGUGUGACGAGCUUUCCGAAUGCAUAACUAACGAGGAGACAAAGGAAGCUGAUUGCCUUUGUAAACCUGGUUACACAAGCCAAGAUGGGUUGCCUUGUCAGAGCCUGUGUGAGCUGGAACCCCAUCUUUGUGUCAACGGUGGGAAAUGUGAGUUAGUUCCAGGAAGAGGAGCUGUCUGCAGGUCACCAGACCAGUUUACAAAGCCAAGACUGACAAGUUAG